GACAGCUCCGAUAAUGUUCAAACAAAAGGUCGCAAGUGCUGCGUUCGCAGCGCUCAGCGCUCUGCCCGCCUGCCUGCCGCUCAGUUCAAUUCAGUCGGUCGCCGACCGGCGCGGAUCGAGAACGUGUUUCGUGCGUACGUGACAUUAUCAGUCCGAGACCGUCAUCGCCGUAAACAAAUAAUAUUACAGUAUGACAGAAACCCGCGUCUUAUACCAUCAAAAUACUUAUUUAGACGCGUUUUAUUACUCAGAGUAAAUAAAUUGUAAUCUAUGCGACCGAUCGCGUUGAAUUACGACAACUUGCAAUAAGGUUGGUUGGUAUUCUGGUGUCCGUUCGGUGUAACAGUGAAAGGAGCACGUUCUUAUUCUUACGGUUUGUGAUAGUGUGGUGACGAACAGUUUUCGGAUUUGAUUCUUGUUCACUGUGACAAUUUGAGUACCUGGAUGAUGUGCGAGAAUUAAAGUGUUGGUCCGAUCCCCUUGCAGCUGCCUGAGAAGGGCUUUUAUCUUUUAGCACCUGUACAUGUUGCAACAGUAAUGCCGGCGCUCCGGCUACUCGGGCGCAAAUGGCUGGCAGCCUCAGAUGAUCUUGUGUUCCCGAGUAUCUUCGAGCUCCUCUUCCGCUUUGUAUGGUUGGUACUGAUAGCUCUAGUAGUGGAGGUGCUGAUCCCAAUAACAUGGCAAUGCUCGAGCGAAGGUUGGUUGGGGGGCGCAUUCGUGCGGCUGUACUUGUGCGGCACGCUUGCACUACAGGCGACCCUCCUCCUUCUGCUCGCAGCACUCGCGCUGCACUCCGCCAAGGGAACCAUCACAGACGUCGACGCGAGGAAGAUGGUCGCCCCUUUGUUAUUAUUAAAGGUUUUAUUGGUGUUGCCAGAAAUAGCAUUAAAUGCAAUGGGCACAAUGUGGAUGUUCUGCGAAGUUAUUGAGUGUUCGGUCACGGACAAAUUUUCAAGUAUCGUAAUACAAAGUAUAGUUCUUUUUAAUUGGGUGCAAUUAGCUCUUACAAUAUUCGGCCUAUUCAUGGUAUUCGACCCUCUUGGGUCAGUGAACUACGACGAUAUGCAGGACACGCCGAACCAAGCCAGACAUCACAAGAAGGUGACGGGUUUGUGGUCCAGAAGGUUCCGAUGGGCGUUCUGUUGGCUGAAGAGAGAUGAACACGGAAAAGAGGCUUUUCAACAAGUUGCAGCUCUACUCAGCGCAUUAUUUAGGUCGACCGAUCUUGUCCCUUCGGAUGUCGUUGCCGGUUGUGUACUUUUGAGAGUGCGACAGAAACGAGAGACUAGAGAAAUGAGACGUAUCCAAAUGCUGAACGACGAGGAACCUAUAUACACGACGGACGUCAACAAAAUAUUCUCUGAAACUCCGCCCUGGAUGAACCUUGAAGAUGCGUUGCAUUAUUUAAGGCUAUCUAUCGCGGCGUACGGCUGGCCUUAUGUAUUAUAUCGGCAUUGCUUCACCGGUUUCUGCAAACUUGCCAAGCACUUGACGUGCUGUUGCUGUCGGCCGAAGAACUCAAUAGUGACCGACGACAACUGCUGUUUGUGCCACUUUGCAGGCGUGAAGUACAUGUCCAAGCUUUCCGCGGACGACAUCAUCUUUGCCUCCUUCAAUAAUCGCGUCUUUGAACUUCCAUUUUGCGUGAUAGCGGACCACGAGCGGGAGAGCAUCGUGGUGGCUGUGCGGGGCUCCAUAUCUCUAAGAGAUAUCUUCACAGACUUCACAGCUGGCUCCGAGAAGUUUGAGGCUGAUGGCUUGCCGGAAGAAACAGCCGCUCACAAAGGCAUGUCGAUGGGCGCCGCAAAGAUGUUGAGGCGACUCAUGCCCGUCCUCGAACGAGCCUUCCAGCAGUUCCCACAUUACGACCUCGUACUUACAGGUCAUAGUCUAGGAGCUGGAGUAGCAGUAUUAGUAGCGUUAAAACUAAGACCCAGAUAUCCACAUCUUAAAGUGUUCGCAUUCUCAACACCAGCGGGGCUAAUAAGUCGCGAGGCGGCGCGCUUCACCGAGAGCUUCGUGCUGACGAUAGGUGUUGGCGACGACCUGGUGAUGCGGCUCAGCGUGCACAGCAUUGAGAACCUGCGCACGAAGGUCAUACAGACCAUACACGCCACUAAACUGCCAAAGUACCGUAUAAUGCUGAACGGGUUCGGGUACGCGCUGUUCGGUGUACCAGCACGCGACCUGGAGUCGACGUGGCGGCGGCCGGAGGAGCUGGAGGCGCACGCGGCUGACGACAGCGACGCGCUGCUGGCGCAGGGCGUCUCCACCGUGAGUGCUGAAGCGGCGCUAGUGUCGCGGAAUGUGUUCGCGCGCCGGUUCUCAUCCGCGCGACUGUUCACCGCCGGCCGCAUCCUGCACAUCGUGAGACGAAAGCGCAUGGGCAUUGAAAAGAAUGAAGCAGAUGAAGCGAGAAAGGUGCGCACGCAGGAGCCGACGUAUGAGAUGAGAUGGGCGUGCGCUGAGGACUUCAUGGAGCUGCAGGUGAUGCCGCGCAUGUUGCUCGACCACUUGCCAGAGAACGUACACCGCACUAUGCAGACUGUGCUCGAGGAGAGACACUCAUAUAGAGUUACGCAUGUCGUAUAAACUUGCCUAUACAUAAAGUUUAGAAUAAACUAGACAUUAUAGAAAACAGUUCUGGUUUAAACAAGUACAGCUGUGAAUUUCCACUACCGAAACACCUCUAUAGGAUGUUUUUUUUUCAUAGAGAGUGAAACAAGAAAAUACAUAGGUGUUUCGACAAUGGAAGUUUACGGUUAGAAAUUA